CGUUCAUACACAGGACACAGAAAAAAAACUUGACUUUCAGUGUUUCUGAGUCCAACGGAGGAGAUUACAGGUGUCUGGGUUUUCUCAAAGAUGACUGGCUUUCUUCGACAGACUGGAGUGAACCCAUCUCACUGUCAGUGUUACGUAAGUCAUGUGUAAACCAAAGGCCCAUCUGACUACGGGCAGCACAGAGCUGCCAGUAGGAGGCAACGUGAUACUAACCUGCUCACUAAACACGUCGUCAUCAUCACCGUUUAGUUUGAAAUAUUUCUGGUACCGAGGAGAAAAAUCAUCAGAGCCUGUGAGCUCGCAAGAUGCUGAUUUCCUUUCAAAUGGACAAAUGAUUGUCUCAGAGGAAGGACUGUACUGGUGCAGAGGAGGACGAGGAGAACCAGUUUACUACACGGACUACAGUGAUCACGUCAAUAUCACUAAGAACUUAUCCGUUGAGUCCGGCGGUCCAGUCGGCUCUUUGUUGCUCGUGCUGCUGGUUGUUGCUCUCCUUGGUGGAAUCAGUCUAAUUAUUCUGCUGCUCUUGUUUUGGCGCAGCAGACAGACGAAAGAUUUUCGGCACGUGAGAUUAAAUCCAUCACAGAUCUCCAAUCAGAGCUUCACCGCUAAUCAUGGAGUCAACCAGAGCGAGAUGUACACCUCCCACCCUGAGGUAAACAAUCCUUCCCUCAGUUUGUCACUCGGAUCCUCAGAGGUCAACAGGAACAAUAAAUCCGACACUGUUUACUCCCUGGCUGAAUUAAAAACCUCUGGGACAAAGAGGAGUCCUCCUGAUCCAGAAGAGGGCGCUCUUUGGUCACAUGUGAAAACACAAGCUAUAGAUGAAUCCAUAGACAAUGGGUACUCUCUGCUUGAAGUAAAAAACUUUGGAACAAAGAGACUUUCUAUUGGUCCAGAAGUGAACACUGUUUACGCCAAAGUGAAAAAAGGAGCUACAGAUAAAUCCAUAAACACUGUGUACUCCCAGAUUGAAGGGAAAAAUGUUGGGAUGAUGAAACUUCCUGUUGAUCCAGAAGAGGUCGCUGUUUAUUCUAAUGUGAAAAAAGGAGCUAUAGAUAAAUCUAUAGACACUGUGUACUCCCUGACUGAAAUGAAAAACUUUGGGACGAUGAAGGAUCCACAUGAUCCACAAGAGGGCGCUGUUGGCUCCGACAUGAAAACAGACUGUACAGCAGCGUCUACUGAGAUGAACCAUUUGAAAAAAGCCAAGAAAAAAACAAAAGGAAAACGGAGUCGUUCAGCAGAUGCAGCAGUUUAUGCUAACGAGUCAGGAACAGCUGUGGCUAGCGAUGGUCCCAUGUCCAGAAAAGCCAAAAAGCAUUAAAACCCUCAUUGUUUAGCUGUUAUCUAAAAUAAACAGCAUCUCAAAAAUGACUUAUACUCAACUCAAUAAUUAAAUGGAAAACCUUUUUGCUAUAAAAUGUUGGAGUUUUAUAGCAAUAAAACUCCCAAAUUUCUGUUCUGAAUACCAGGUUUUCUGGUAAUUUGAGAUUUGAACUUUGGUGAUGGUUUAUGUCUUCAAGGUUGAAAGCCCUGCUUGAUGUUUUCCUAAUGUUGACUCACUCCAAAUAUUUGUCCUAAGUCUGACUGCAAACAUCAGAACUAGAAAACAACCAAUAAGGUAUUCUCUGAUUAAAAACUCUGGAAAAACUCUUGCAUGCGUUUAUCCUCAAUAGGUUAGAUUACUAUUAUUAUUGCAUCUGCACAGAUUUCAAAAUCAUGUCUUAAAAAAAAAAGAAAACAUUUACACUGCUGCAGCUCAUAUCCAGAUUGCUGCUGGCAGAGUCCUGACUAUCUUUGAGGAAAACAGAUUUCAGUAAACCAGUUCUUAAAUCACUUCAUCAGAUCAAUGUCUGUCAAAGGAUUUAAUUCAAUCUAUUGCUGAUUGUGUAAAAGGCACUGAGUGACCUUUGGCCUCCCCACAUUGGAGUUGAUCAUGUGUGUACUCACAUAUCAUCUGGUUCUGCAGAUGGGCAAAAUCUACUGGUUCUUCUCAGUGAGGUCUAAAAAUGGGCCUCAAAUUUACAUUAAUAUUUCCUUUAUGUGAUUUAUAAAAUAUAUGAUUUUUCAUUUAAAAGUUGUAUUGUAAUGCAGUUCUCUUUACCUCUGCUCCUUUAUUUUGCUGUCACAUUGAAUUACAUUGUGUAAGAAUGAUGCUAUCCAAAUUACCUUCCUAUUGAAUGAGACUGAAGGAUUUUAUACAACUGAACAUGAGUUGAAAAAUGUAUCAGAAUUUACAAAAACCUAAAGUGGCCAAACUCUA